UCUACUUUAGUCUCUUUUCUCACAAUUGCUGUGAUGGAGUUGUUCAUCUUCACAGUUUUUCAGCUCCUGAUGGAGGUCCAGUCUUACAGAUUUCCUAAAGUAAAAGUAUCUCCAGGUGUCAUAAGAGAGUCCAGCUCAGUGAAGAUCAGCUGUGAGAAAGAACCAGGUCUUAUAGUGAAUAAUUGUUAUUUCUACAUAAACAGAAAGGAGGAGAAAAUGAAAACCCCUUCAUCGUGUGAGCUGGAUCUCACUGGUGCUGAAGUGCUCAGAUGGGCAGCUGUGAAAUCACCUGAAUCAAUAGACAUUUACUGUUACUUCACAAUAAAUCAGUUCAGUGCAGACAUAUCAUCAUCUGAGUCUGAUCCUAUCACAGUGAGGGUACUAGUUUCAACAUCAACCACAACUAAACAAACUACUACAACAGCCAUGAAAACCUCGGAUCUCCAAUCCAAGACAAACCCGCCAAACAGUACGACAAAGGAAGUUCAUUCACUCGUUCCUAAAGGCGUAUUAUUUAUAGUGCUGGCUUCCACUGCUGUUGCUGUCAUUUUGUCUGGACUCAUGGGACUUGGGAUCUGUCUGUGCUGGUUUUCACGUAAAAAAAGAAGAAAACUCAAUAAAAUGAGAUCAAUAAAACCACAUGCCCCCAUUCAAGAAUCUGGUAUAAGUUGUUCUGGGCCUGCAGAGACACAUUCUCUGAUCACAUCUGUACCAGAAACAUCUCAGCCCAUAUCUGGAGGCCUCAAACACCAGGACAGAACUGCAGACCCCACAAAAGACAUUACUUCUGUGAAUGUACUUUACCAGCCCUCAGACGGUUUGAUCAAUAACCAACAGAAACAGGGAAAUCCAGAAGAAAAGAACGUUUAUCACCUGUACAGCACGAUCCCUGAAAUCCAGUUCACUCAGAUGCAGUAGAUCAAGCCUACAGUUUGGUGAAGAUGUUUUGCAUCAUAUUCGUUUUCAUCAUUUAUGCAUUUGUAACUUUUAUUGAGAGGAUCUUCUGUGGCAC